UUUCAUCGGUCGGAUCUCCGUGGAAUGCUCAACCACUAAAACGUGCCCCAGCUUGGCUUUCCGGUGCUCCGCCCACCCGAAUCACAGUGAAAUAAUUAAAGAGAUCCAGCGGCGGAGUCAAAGACCGCAAAGGGAAGAAGGAAGAAGAAGAGACGGUGUGGUGACCGGACCUCGCCGUUCCCCCAACUCUUCCCCUUCGCUUUCUGACCUUCUGGCCUGUAGCUGAUCCGAGGGCGUCGAUGGGGGCCCUCCGCGCCGACGGGUGGCUCCUCACGUCGGUGCUCCUCGUCGCCGUUUGCUUCUACGGCUUGGCCUGCUUGGCCGGAGCCGAUGACUCGGAGGUAGUCAAUGCGACGGAGGUGAUCAAGGGGGUUUCCGACAAGGAGGGUAGCUUCGCGGACAUGAUCGACCGCGCGCUCGAGAAGGAGUUUCCCGAGAACGAGCAGAGUGGUGGAGAAACUGACCCUGGCGGCUUCAACAAUAGUGUUGCUGAAAAUCAGGCAGUUCUGGAGACUGUAGCUAGAGUCACUACAAAGAAGAAUGAAACCAAAGAGGAAAAGUCAUUUCAGUUUCAUGAUGUUUUUAAUCUGGAUAACGAGAACCGAGUUGAAGACAUUCCUACCUUAAUAGAUCGUAAGGAUAAUGUUUUCAUCAUAUCGAAUCCAAAGUCAAAAUAUCCGGUGCUACAAUUAGACCUAAGGUUGAUUUCUGAUCUUGUGGUGGUUAUUGUGUCUGCAACAUGUGGUGGAAUUGCAUUUGCCUGUGCUGGGCAGCCAGUAAUAACUGGCUACUUGCUUGCUGGAUCUAUAAUUGGACCUGGAGGCUUUCGCUUUAUUAGUGAAAUGGUGCAAGUUGAAACAGUAGCUCAGUUUGGUGUAAUCUUUCUUCUUUUUGCUUUGGGCCUGGAAUUCUCCAUAAGUAAGAUUAGAGUUGUCCGUGCUGUGGCUAUUGGUGGAGGAUUUCUCCAAAUUCUACUAUUCAUGUGCUUAUGUGGUGUAAUUGCAUCAUUAUGUGGAGGCAAAACUUCAGAAGGGAUAUUUGUUGGUGCCUUUUUGUCUAUGUCUUCAACUGCUGUGGUUUUGAAGUUUUUGAUGGAAAGGAACACUAUCAGUGCUCUUCAUGGUCAAGUUACUGUUGGGACACUCAUACUCCAGGAUUGUGCUGUUGGCUUGCUGUUUGCACUGCUUCCCAUUUUGGGUGGCUCGUCUGGUAUUUUCCAGGGGCUUAUGUCAGUUACCAAGUCGUUGAUUAUGCUUUUCACCUUUUUGGCAAUUCUUUCUAUACUAUCUCGUACUGCAGUUCCAUGGUUUCUUAAGCUGAUGAUCAGUCUUUCAACCCAGACCAAUGAACUUUAUCAAUUGGCCUCUGUCGCAUUCUGUCUGCUGGUUGCUUGGGGUAGUGAUAAGCUGGGUUUGAGUCUUGAGUUGGGUUCUUUUGCUGCUGGAGUAAUGAUAUCAACAACAGAUCUUGCACAACAUACCCUUGAGCAAAUUGAACCCAUUCGUAACUUCUUUGCAGCUCUUUUUCUUGCUAGCAUUGGAAUGCUAAUACAUGUUCAAUUCCUAUGGAAUCAUGUAGAUAUUUUAUUGGCAGCCGUAAUCCUAGUAAUCAUUGUAAAAACAAUAGUGAUGACUCUAGUUGUAAAAGGAUUUGGAUACAAUAACAAGACCUCACUUCUUGUUGGCUUGUCCUUAGCGCAGAUAGGAGAAUUUGCAUUUGUCCUCUUAAGUCGUGCUUCAAACCUUCAUCUUGUUGAGGGUAAAUUGUACCUUUUACUUCUGGGGACAACUGCACUUAGCUUGGUAACUACUCCAUUGUUAUUCAAGUUUAUCCCCGCAAUCAUUCAUCUUGGUGUUUUGCUGCGAUGGUUUGCUCCUGAUAGCAUCGAGUUAGGGCAUAAAGGUGAUAGUCUUCGGUCCGAUAGUGCAAAUAAGCGCAUGACUUCAAUAAUUCAGGGUUCUCAUGAUUCAUGAUAAAAGAAAUUCACAGGAGUCCAUGCUGCAGCUAAUUAGUAACUGAAGAUAAUGACUUGCAAGAGCAUGUAUCGCAGGGAGAACAUGUACUGAAACCAGACUAUUUCAUGGUGCAUAUUAAAUUUCAAAAGCAUGGAUGAAUCCGCUGCAUUAUUAUCUGAACGAGCAUACUUUCUAUCCUCGGGAGAAAGCCUUCCAAAAAGCUAUAUUGAUUACAUUUUAGCACUAAAUGGGAUUUAUCAUACCCUAUCCUGGUGCAGUUUUUGUGUAAAGCACACGAUAAUGUAUAUUUUUGUUUGUUGAUAUGCUGCAUCUUUGAGAUUUGAGUUUUUCCUUCAUAUUCAUUCAAACAAGUCUAGAAUUGCUGAUUCAUCAGCAUCCAUUUUGUACUUAAACCUUAUCCUCUUUUUUAUAGUUGAAGUCUUGAUUUGUUGUA